AUGGGUUGCCAUAUCUCGACGGCCGCGCCGACUUCGGAAGUAGUAGUCUUGCGGGACGAGGCAGCAGCAAAGACGAUCCUUGAGCGUUGCCACGAAGAGAACAAAGCUGCCGAUGUGUCGAAAGCGCCCGGCAGACGCAUCACCGACGCGAUGGACUCGUCAUGGGAUUUCGAGAGGAUGCCUGUCGCCGUGCCCCCUGGCUUGGUCGUCCACCGUCCGCCGACGCGGCGAUUGCACGAGAGGCAUCUGGAGAAGCUGAACCGUUUUCUCGCUGAUGUGGAGCAUCAGCCCCAGAUGCUGGAGGACCUCAUCGACACCCGGCGCUGUUCGCUCACAGACUCCUGUGCGUUGCUAUGGAAAAGACACGGAGAAGGAUUCGGAGAGCAAGUCUGCCUGACAUUGUGA